AUGGUUGAAAGACUUCCAUUCGAAACGGUUCACGAAAUUUUUGAACACCUUAUUCAAAAUAAUCAUGACAAUGAAUAUCUCUCAAAUUAUUUAUACUCUUGUCUUUUGGUCAGCCGCUCUUGGUGCCGUGAGAUGAUAAAAGUUCUUUGGAGUAAACCUUUUAACUUUCUGAAAAAAAAUUCCAGUAAACUUAUUCAAGUAUACCUUGAUAAUUUGUCUAAAGAGGAACGCUUAGAUCUUAUUGCUGUCGGAAUCAAUAUAUCUGAUACUCCUUCGGCAAUGCUAUUCGAUUAUUUGAGCUUCCUUAAAGAUUUGAAUUUUGAAUUAAUUUAUAUUUCCUCACAAAGUUGGGUGGAAUUAAAUACCAAUGAAGAUGAAAAUGAUAAUAUGAGAUUUAACAAUAGUGAUAAAGUGGAACGGCAAACUUUUGAACUUGCAAAAGGACUUUGUAAAGCAUUUCUUUCGCGUUGUGGAAAAUUAAAAAAAUUAGAUUUAUCAAGAACAAUUAAACCGACGAUUCCAAAUGAAUAUCUUUCGAUAAUCAAAUUACCAUUCGCCGAAGAAGCACUUUCACAGUUAGAUGAAUUUAAGUUCAUUGCUCGCAACCUGGAUAGAGAUAUUCUUCCAGAUAUUUUAAAAUGCUGUAAUAGUAUACGAUCCUUAAAUAUGUAUUCAAUUCCUUUUUCAACUGAUACUUUAAUGGAAGAAGAUGUUGAUUCAAGAAUGGAAUCUUUAUGUAGGUUUCUUUCUUCACAACGAAAAGUUAAACGGUUAUCACUUUCUGUUGAAUUUCGAAAUUCUUCUAGUAAAAUAUCACAAAUAAUUCCAUCAAUUGGACAAAUGGACUCUUUAAAUUGGAUCAAAUUUAGUGCCAUUACUUUUAAAACUGUUACUGCUGAUGAAAUUGUAGAAGCUUUAUCAAAUGUACAAACACUUCUUUUUGAAGGUUGCACUCUCACGUUAACUGAUAGAAGACUACAUCGGGCAAAAUUCCACCGACUUAAUAAGAUAGCAUUUUAUAGAUUCAAAUUCUCUUUGGAUGCUAUGAAUGUUCUUAUUGUGGGUUGUGAAGAAACUUUGCGGGAAAUGCAAAUGCGUGGAACCAUAAGUGAUAAGUUACCAGAUGAUAAUAAAAGAGUACGAUUGAUAUCAAUGUUUACUAAUUGUUCGAAGCUUGAACAUCUAGAGUUUCAUCCAUCGUUGUUUUCAUUUGGUACUUCAAGUGAAAUUAUGGAUGAAUUAGGAGAUGCAGUUCCACCAGCAUUACUUAAAUUUUGUAUUAAUUGUAAAUGUUCACCUCAAGAAUUAGAUACCUUCCUUGAAAAAUGUAGAGCAAACCUUCAAUACUUGGUGUUGGGUACUGACGGUGUAAAAACAAAUAUUAAUGAUGAAAUUUUGGUAAUAGUCAGAAAGUAUGCAACUAGUAAAAGAUCGUUGAAGAAAUUGAUAAUGGCAGGAUUAGAAGAACAAAGCAUUGAUUUAUCCAGAGAACUGGAAGCUACAAAGAGAAUGAUUAAAGUGGAUAUUACAAAUCAAUAUACAAAGUCUGAGAGUAUUUGGGAAUAG